CCCGGGGUUCGGAGGGUCAGGGCUCGGCGUAGGUCCCUGGGGAUGUGGAGAGCUGGCAGCAUGUCGGCGGAGCUGGGAAUCGGGUUCGCACUGCGGGCAGUGAACGAGCGCGUGCAGCAGGCGGUGGCGCGGCGGCCGCGGCCUUAGCGGACGGGAGCAGGGCCAGUCCUGUGCCCAGAGGCUGCAAGAGAAGACGUCUACUAUAAGAGCACCCAAAGGAGGCCAGGUCGCCAGAGAUCACCUGUGUGGCAGCGUCUGACAGCUAGUAGUUGCUCAGUAAUUGUCGGCUCCACUCGUAGGAUCUCCCAGCCAUCCAGCCCCGGCUAGUAGCAGUCAGCAAAACCAAACCUGCAGACAUGGUGAUUGAAGCCUACAGUCAUGGCCAGCGCACUUUCGGGGAGAACUAUGUUCAAGAACUGCUAGAAAAAGCAUCAAAUCCUAAAAUUCUGUCUUCAUGUCCUGAGAUCAAAUGGCACUUCAUUGGCCACCUACAGAAACAAAACGUCAACAAAUUGAUAGCUGUCCCCAAUCUGUUCAUGCUGGAAACAGUGGAUUCUGUGAAGUUGGCAGACAAAGUGAACAGUUCGUGGCAGAAAAAAGAUUCUCCUGAAAAGUUAAAGGUUAUGGUCCAAGUUAACACCAGUGGAGAGGAGAGUAAACACGGCCUUCUACCUUCCGAGACAGUAGCCGUGGUGGAACACAUAAAUACCAAGUGCCCCAGCCUGGAAUUCGUGGGGCUCAUGACCAUAGGAAGCUUCGGCCAUGAUCUUAGUCAAGGACCAAAUCCGGACUUCCAGGUGUUGCUGUCCCUCCGAGAGGAGCUGUGUGCGAAGCUGAACGUCCCCACUGACCAGGUGGAGCUGAGCAUGGGCAUGUCCGCGGACUUCCAGCACGCGAUCGAAGUAGGAUCUACGAAUGUCCGAGUAGGAAGCACCAUUUUUGGAGAGCGAGAUUACUCCAAGAAACCUGGCCCGGACACGUCGGCAGCAGAGCUAAAGGCGCCGGUGGGGGUGGCGCAGGCACCCUGAGGCCAGCCCGCCGGGAAGGCGAACUCUGCAUUCACCCGGAUUUCCGUCUUGACAGUCCCAGCAUUGCGGCACCGCCGUGCGCCCCUCGGGACCUGCAGAGAGCGCACCCAUGACGACGUGCGUCGGUGGAAACCAUCUGUACUUAGUAUCUGACCUGAGAAGUUCACUUCAGGUAGCGGCUUUGGAUUGGAUUUGAGAAAUCCAGACAUUUCUGCAGAACAGAUAUCAAGUCAGUAGCUGGGAACCGAGUUCAGUUUCGAAUCCUGCCCAGGAGUAGCAACCAACCCGUGAAUGCCUUCCCCAGGUGAAAACGUGGCCACUGAUGCCUCUGAUCACCAAAGUGAGGGAUUCGCAUUUGUCAUCCCCUUUCAUAGGAAAUUCUCUCCGUACAAACCCCUGGUGAGUAAUUGUCUUUGCUGAUCUGGAGCAAAGUGACUGCUGCUCCCAGUUUUCAUCCCACGCAGUAAAUAUUUCUCUCUGCUGGAAUGGCAGUACAGGUGACUUCCGGAACGGGCUCAAGGUAGUGCUCCAAACCCAAGUCCUUGCUCAUGAGAGUUUAUGGUAUUGGCCACCUUGUGGUGUUGACCCUGCAGAUGACAGAGGGAGCAAAUGGGCUUGGGCCUUUCUAGCAUCCUCCUGAAGAGACAGGGCUUUGAGCUUUUCCCCCUGGGCUCUCCAGUGAGGAGAAUUCAAUGCUGUGAUUUCUUCUCCACCAUAAUCCUCUUCAUGGUGAUUUCUUAUCAAAGACCAGUGACUCUCAUCACUUCCUAGAAAUUCCUUCAAAGCCAGUUCAGGCUCACAGUUUCAACAAGGCCUGGCUUUGAGGUUCCCGCCCCUGCAGAGCAUUUUCCAGGCACCUCUGUACCCUCCUCUCCCCUCCCCUCCCCUGCUAUACAGAUAAGCCAGAAAUUUGCAACUUCUUGGUUGUUAAUAAAGUGGCAGAUCUUUAAAAACCAGAAAGCACAAUUCUCAGAUAUUCAUAACAGAUGACUUCGGUCUGCCUUGUUGAUUUUCUGGAUAUUUUUUCUUUAUUUAUUCAAGCCCCAGUCUUUCAUGAAGUAACUUUCAGAACCUAUCACUGCUGCUGAAUGUAAUUUUAUAAAACCUAAAACCAUUAUGAUUCCUAUAUUCUUUGAAUCAGAGCUAUAACGUGAUGUUUCAGAGCGUGUUAAAUAAAAAUGUGAGUUUGAAUUUUACCGUCGGUGCCGAUUACAAAGCAAUUAAAAGAUUUAUUUUUUAA